UUCCUCAUUUCUUUUCUCGAAAAAAGAGGGGAGGGGGAGAGAGAGAGAGAGAGAGGCGGAGAGACAUGGCGUCCUCCGCCGCCCUUCCGCCGAACCAAAACAACCACGCCGCUGGUGUGAGCGGCGGAGAGGGCUACGCCGCCAACUCCGGCGGCAGCACCGCGGGCCGUCAACCCCUGACUUUCUGGUGCCACGAGUGCGACAUGAGCGUGACGCUCCUUCCCUCCUCCUCAUCCUCCUCCUCCCCUCCGCCUCUCCUCUGCCCCGAGUGCCGCGGCGAAUUCCUCGAGGAGAUGGAGCUCCCCGCCUCCCCCCCUCCCCGCCACGACCAAACCCUAACCCUAACGCUCUCCCUUUCCGACUCCGACUCUGACUCCGACGACCCUGACGACGUAGACGGCAUCGGCGACUCCCCCGACGGCGACGACCGACGCCGCCGCCGGCGCGCGUUAAACCAGUCCUACCUCCGCCGCCUCAUCCGCCAACUCACCGCCGGAGAAGGCCGCUCCCUCCCCCUCCCCCUCCCCGUCCGUGGCCCAUCGCCGGCCCCCCAGGCCUCCAUCGACGCCCUCCCUUCCGUCCAGAUCUCCAACCCCUCCCUCCUCUGCGCCGUCUGCAAGGACGAGUUCCCCCUCCAUUCCAACGCCCGCCAGCUCCCCUGCUCCCACCUCUACCACUCUGACUGCAUCGUCCCCUGGCUCUCCCUCCACAACUCCUGCCCCGUCUGCCGCUUCCGCCUCCCCUCCGUCGACUCCUCCGCCGCCCCCGCCGCCGCGGACCACCGCCGACCCCGCAUGUCUGUCCGGUUCGGGAGCUUCUUUGAUGAUGAUGAUGAUGGGGAUGAUGGCGGCGGAGUCCUGGCCAUCCGAACCGCGCUCCACCGCAUCAGGAGGAGGCACCGCCAGAUGCUGCGAGCGCGGCCGUCAGCGUCCGCGGUGGGUGAGGCGUCCCCCACCCAGAUGGCGCAGGCUGAGACGGGGUCGUCUGGGCCGGCUACCAGUGGGGAGACGGUGUCAUCGGAAUGGCCGGUGGAAGGGGGAGGAGGAUCGGCUGGUGGAAGGGUGGAUGAUGAGGGGGAUGCUGUGAUGUCAGAUAUUAGGGUGGAUUUGUUCGAUUGACUUGCGAGGGUACCAUUAGCUAAACUCCAGAUCCUGAAUCAUGAUUGCUGGGACUUGGGAGAAUGCGCUAGAUCUUUUGGAGAUAUUCGUGAUUAUAUGGAUUUCUAGCUCAGCUUUGUUUAGAUUAAUUAAUCUUAGUUUGGAUAUUUUAUUUGAUUUGAAUAAUAAUAAUAAUUAGUUAUAAUAUUUUGAUUUAUGUUGCUUUGGGAUAAUUGAUUAUGAGAAUGAUUUGUUUAGAUCUUGAUUAGAUUAAUUUUUGAAGAUUGAAGAAUUAUUAUUGCUGCUUGGAGAUGAUUAUGAUUUGAUCAGCAGCCUUGCAUGCUUGUAUGGUUUGCCUUGCAGGUAUGCGGCGUCUGUUACGCUCUGGAUUCAGGGCGUAACAUUACCUCCUUAGAACCUCAGAUUACCUGGACCAUAAUCAGGUAAUGUACUGACUGCUUGACCCAGUAUCAACUUUUCUCCAACACGUGACACAGGUAUCAAGUGUCCAAGUGCCAUAGGAUUUGGACACAGGAAACUUAAAAAAAGAAAAUCAGAUAUCAGGGACAGGCCCAUGUUAAAUAGAUGUAUUUUAGAUAUGUACAAAUGUAUUUAUGAUGAAUAAUUUUUUUGUACCAAUUGCUUUGUAAUUCAACAGAGCUUGCAGAAGCUUCACUAAGUGUUUUGUUAUAGUUGAAUUAGGUAUGACGUCCACAGGUUAUAUCUAACUGUGAUGACAUUAUGGUUUGUUGAUUUACAAGUGUCAUAUGGUGUGUUAUGAAAUGUGCAAGUAUCUAAGUGUUUGGAAACAUUUAAAAAAAAAAAA